CUAGCUAGCGUUCUCCACUAACUGAUAAUCUUAGAUCUAUCAAAACAAACUCGCAAACAAAUGAAGUCUACGUAACCUACACGUAAAUUAUUUACAUGGCUAGGUGAUUCAAGAGUGAAUAAUCAGUCUCAACGAAGAGUGAAAUAUUUAUGAGGACGUGGUGGCUCUACACCUAAAUAUCGACUGGAGAGUUGUGUUGUAACCAGUGUCAGCACAAUCUUGAUGGCAUCAAGCAGAAAGAUGGACUCUGUAAUGGAGUGUUUCCCCUUCACUGUGAUCAAGACAUUCCUUGGUUUCUUCAUGCAUCAGUAAAUGCAACAAAGUUCCUUUAAGAAUUGGAUAUUAUGAACUGCAUUAUCUAUUCAUAUUUGUCUUCUUAGUGUAGUUUCAUUCAUGCUUUAGAAAUUUGCCUUAGAUAGAAACUGAAUAUAUUAAAUUACUACCUUUAAUUUGUACAAAGCAACAAUUGUGUCCAAAAUGUCACGAGAUAGCCGGCGCAAAAGGUCUCGCAGUCGCUCGCGUACUCCUGACCGUAGGAGAUCUCGUUCAAGGGAUAGGGAAAGAGAUCAGAGGCGAUCUCGUAGGUCUAGAUCAAGAGAUCGUCACAGAUCUCGCAGCAGAGAUAGGCGAAGGUCAAGGUCUCGUGAUAGGCGCUCUCGAUCUAGGGACAGAUCAAGGUCUCGAGACAGGGAUCGCGAUAGGAGAUCCAGAUCACGUGAUAGGGACCGCAAGAGAAGCAGGAGUAGAUCCCGAGACAGAGAUAGGGAUCGAAAGAGGAGUAAGAGAAGCAAAUCAAAAUCGCCAGCAAGAGCCAAGGCCGUCCCUGUCCCUGUUCAGCAUGUGGAGCCGGCAGCUCCUGAACCCACUGAAGAUGAAGAAACUGGCUUGGACUUUGAUCCAUCAAAAAUUGACAAAGAAGAAGCAGAGAAGCGUUUAGAAGCAGAAAUGCAGAAAAGAAGAGAACGAAUUGAGAAAUGGCGAGCAGAGAAGAAAAAGAAGGAAGUUGAAAUUGCUAAAAAGGAAGCUGAAAAGGGGACCUUAGGAGCAAAUGUUCCAAAAGUUUCAAUGAAAACUUGGAGUUUGGAAGAUGAUGAGGAAGAGGAUGAUGGUGAAAGCAAAGACAAUGAAGCAAAAGCUGAACAAGAAGAUGAAGUAGAUCCUUUGGAUGCUUUCAUGUCUGGCAUCCAAGAAGAAGUAAGAAAAAUCAAUAGAGGAAGCAUAGCUCAUUCAACAAAGCCUAUGACUGGUACAGUUGAAAAUAAAAUUGGUAUUGCCAAGAAACCUGUUAUUAUUAUGGGUAUGGCUAAGAAAGUUGAUGCAAAAAAGAAAGGAGAACUUAUGGAACAGAAUCAAGAUGCCCUUGAGUAUUCUUCUGAAGAAGAGAGUGAGGACCUAAAGGAUGCGAUGGCAAAUAUAAACUCAAAGGGACGAAAAGAUUUGGUGAAAAUUGAUCAUUCUUCUAUUCAGUAUGUUCCUUUCAGAAAAGACUUUUAUGUAGAGGUACCUGAAAUUGCCAACAUGACUAAGGAGGAGGUUGAGAGUUACAGAGCAGAAAUGGAAGGCAUCAAAAUAAAGGGUCAGGGAUGUCCAAAACCAAUAAAAACUUGGGCUCAGUGUGGAGUCAGCAAAAAAAUAUUGGACAUUUUGAAGAAAAAUGGGUAUGAAAAACCUACACCAAUACAGGUUCAGGCUAUCCCAGCUAUCAUGAAAGGUCGUGAUGUCAUAGGCAUUGCCAAAACAGGUUCUGGAAAAACACUAGCCUUCCUAUUACCCAUGUUUCGUCAUGUUGUUGAUCAGCCACCCCUGGAAGAUACUGAUGGACCCAUAGCAAUUAUCAUGACACCUACACGAGAACUGUGUAUGCAGAUUGGUAAGGAAUGUAAGAAGUUUGCUAAAAAUAGUCCUCGUGUCUGUUGUGUGUAUGGUGGGACUGGUAUAUCAGAGCAGAUUGCUGAAUUGAAGAGGGGAGCAGAAAUUAUUGUCUGUACUCCUGGCAGGAUGAUCGAUAUGUUAGCAGCCAACAACGGUCGAGUUACCAACUUACGCAGGGUUACAUAUGUGGUAUUGGACGAAGCUGACCGUAUGUUUGACUUGGGAUUUGAACCACAAGUGAUGAGGAUAAUUGAAAAUGUGCAGCCUGGACGACAGACUGUCAUGUUUUCAGCAACAUUUCCGCGUCAGGUAGAGGCACUCGCAAAAAAGAUUCUUACAAAGCCUAUAGAGAUUAUGGUCGGAGGCCGUUCCAUUGUUUGUAAGGAUGUUACACAGGAAGUGAUUCUCCUUGAUGAAGACCAGAAAUUCCUCAAGUUGCUGGAAAUUCUAGGUCAGUUUUAUGAGAGAGGACAAAUCAUAAUAUUUGUAGAUAAGCAGGAAAGUGCAGAUACCCUCUUUAAAGAUCUCGUAAGCCACUCUUAUAGAGCAUUGGUUCUUCAUGGAGGGGUUGACCAGAUUGAUAGGGAUAGUACUAUAGCUGAUUUCAAGUCAGGGAGGGUUCCUAUACUUGUUGCCACAUCUGUUGCUGCCAGAGGUUUAGAUGUUAAACAGCUGAUUCUUGUGGUUAAUUUUGAUUGUCCUAAUCAUUAUGAGGAUUAUGUGCAUCGAUGUGGUCGUACAGGAAGAGCAGGAAAUAAGGGUUGGGCUUAUACUUUUGUUACAUUUGACCAGCCUCGAUACAGUGGAGAAGUCAUCCGUGCCAUGGAGUUGUCAGAAUCACCAGUACCAGCAGAUCUGCAGAAGUUUUAUAAUGAUUACAAACAGAAGAUGGAAGGUGAAGGGAAAAAGGUUAAAACUGGUGGAGGGUUCCAUGGUAAAGGUUACAAGUUUGAUGAGACAGAAGCAAACUUUGCAUCUGAGAAGAAGAAAUUUGAGAAAGCUGCCCUUGGCCUUGCAGAUUCAGAUGAUGAAGAUAUUGAGCAGGAUAUUGACCAACAGAUUGAGAGUAUGUUGAACACUAAACGAAUUGUAAAGGAGAUUAAGGUCACUCCAGUAGUUACGACUGCCAAAGAAGAUGCCACGAGAGGAUUGAACCUUACCAGUGGUUCAGCAUCUGACAAGCUAGAGUUGGCACGUCGACUGGCCCAGAGAAUUAAUCUCCAGCAUAAUAUUGGAAAAGAGGCUAAAGGUGCCACCCAGCAAGCAGCAGAAUCCAUCCUCAAAGGAGAUGCUUCGAUUCAACCUACAAUUUCAGCCAAAACAGUGGCAGAGCAGAUGGCACAGAAACUUAACAAUAAGUUGAAUUAUCAACCCAGAGAUGAUCAUGAGGAUGAAGAGGAAAAUCCAGAGGAGACACAACACAAGUAUGAAGAGGAGCUGGAGAUUAAUGAUUUUCCCCAGCAGGCCAGGUGGAGAGUGACCAGCAAAGAGGCAUUGGCACAAAUAUCAGAGUAUUCUGAGGCAGGUAUAACAGUCCGAGGUACUUUCUGUCCCGCAGGCAAAAAUCCCCCAGAGGGCGAACGAAAACUUUUCUUGGCCAUUGAGUCUACUUCAGAAUUGGCUGUGUCAAAAGCAAAAGCUGAAAUUAUUCGUCUGAUUCGGGAGGAGUUGGUGAAGCUUGGCACCAGUGCUGGUCCAAUUAAGGCUCAAGGACGCUAUAAGGUUUUAUAGUCAACCAGUGUCUCAUGCACAUUGAAAUAUACCUUAAACUUUUUUCUGUAAAUCCAUUUAUUUAAUUAAGUUUUCUUUUUAGUCAUACAUAGUAAUUAAGUCCGAAUCAUAGAGCAUAUAUUAUUUUGAGUUCACAUAAAGUUACGCGAGUUUAUGAGAUUUUGUAUUUUAGAAGAUAUUUUCUGUGCAAUUGCAGUACUACUAUAAAAAUCAGGUAUUUGAGAAGAUUGUUGAAAGUAUUUUCGUAGCUGUGCAUUAGACAUUCAUUAAAAUUCAGUGAAAUUAAUACAA